AAGUAGUGCCCGUUAAAUUCGCGGAAUAGUGUCGGCCGUUGGUUACUAUAGCAACAUUACAUUUGUUUACAAGUAUCGCCUGCAAGUGCACUCAUCCACGCAGUAUAUGCACACACAUACAUAGCUGGACAAUACGUUGCUUAACAUUACAAUAGUGGAGCAUUGAACCACUCGUUAAAUAAACUAACAAAAGCAUAGUAUAUGUGUACACGUUUUUAACUAAAAUGGCACGGAUUGCAGCGAGCGUAGCCAGCGCAUUUGAAAAUGAUACUGAGAUGAAGGCCAUGGAUGCUAAUCGAUAUGCGACCAAAAAAACUAUCGCCCAAGGUAUGCUGGACAUCGCUCUGCUGACCGCUAAUGCAUCCCAAUUGAAAUAUGUACUACAAGUGGGAGAGCAACAUCAGUUUUACAAACUAAUGCUCGUCAUGAUUAGUCUUUCGAUAAUCUUACAGCUGCUGGUUGGAAUACUUUUUGUAAUUAUUGGCAGUCUAAAUAUUAAUCACCAAAAUGAUCAAAAAGCUGCAAUCAUUAUAAACGACAUUAUUCUGGUUGUAAUUUUCGUGAUAUCAGUCAUAAACGUGAUAAUAUCGGGAUUCGGCAUCGAAUACUCAUCACAGCCUCUAAUACUCUUAGAAAAUGUUGGGAAGAAGCAGCCUUAAAACUUUUCUAAGUAAAACUACAUUUAUAAUUUAUUAUAAUUUUAACCUGGAAGUGCAUGAUUCGUUUGUUCCUAUUUGACUUCGUACAGUUUUAGUUGUGAGGUAGCUGUUGACUUAUGCAAAAGUGUGUAAAGGUAUUAGACCCACCAGAGGGAGUCGGUUGCAUCCAUUUCGGUAACGAGAGUUCAACUGAUAUGUCAUGCAAAACGCAGAGGGAUGCCACAAUGAAAGUAUUGACGUAUAUAAACAAAUCCAGUUGUUUUGCAAGGUGGCGCAAAAUUAAUC